AUAGGUUUUGUUGUGGAACUGUUGCACUUGCCUCGCAUUUACAAUUUUUGCAAUUUAAUAUAUUAAAUCACCCACAAUAUGAUUGGAACCAAGAAGAAAACAAAAAAGGCGAAUGUGUUCAAGGAAAUAGCGGACAACUUCGAGCAGCUGACCAAGAAUCCAGAGCGAUUUCUCAAGCCGCAACCGGAGCAGAUUAGUGCCAUCGAGCAGCUUAUACAGCAAACCUACAGCGUAAGCAUCAGCGGAGAUGUGGAGAAUAAAAAGGACCUGCUGCCCGAAUUGGUGCUGGAGCAGAUGGACGAGGAACAGAUUUGGCAGCAGCUAGAAAUGCGCAACGAGCUGGUGUUCCCGCAAUUGCUGGAGAAGACUGCCAAGUUGAUGGCCAUGAAGGAGAAGCACUUGGGCAUCGAGUUGGAUGAUGACGAGGAGGAUGAACAACUAGCUGCCGAGUCUGAUGAGGAUGAACCCGCACAGGAGGCUCCUGACUCUGAUUUUGAUGUGUCUGGUAGCGAUGCCGAGGACCUGCCUAAGAAAUCGAAACCCAAAUCAGUUAGUCAGUCAAAGAAGAGCGGCAAGCGUGUGCGCAGUUCGGUGGUGGAUGACACAUUCUUCAAGCUGGACGAAAUGAAGGAGUUCCUGGAGCAGGAGGACGCCAAGGAGAUGCGAAAGCAAAACAGUAAGAACCGCGUGGAGGAGGACGCAGAUGCCAUCGACUACUAUGCAGAUGAUUUCGGUGUGGGCGAGGAGGAAGACGAGGAUGAUGUCAAUGUGAAUUAUGCGGACUUCUUCGAGGUGGAUGAAGAGCUGGAGCGGGAGGCGCAAAAGUUAAACAAACAGAGCAAAGGCAAGCAGAGGGAUUACUUCAAUGAAAACGAAGCUGAGGCAGAGGAGGAGGAGGAGGAGGAGGUAGUGCCAGAGGAAGAGGAUGAAGACGAGAAUGAGGAAGCAAAUGACGACCAAGAGGACGCACCCAGUGAAAUUGACGAAUCCGAAUUUGUGGCUAAAAGUGGCAUUGAACCCGCCAGUGAUUCAGACUCUAGCAGCGACAAGGAAGUAAACGAUAUGGAGGAGGAGGACGACGACGACCAAGAAGAGGCCACGCCUGCCGUCCAGUCCUCCAAUGAGCUGCGUGAGGCGCGUCUGUUCCAGCGCAUACGCGACUAUGAGGACAUUGUGCUCGGCGAGAAGCCCUGGCAGCUGAAGGGUGAGGUGCAGGCGGCCAAUCGGCCACAGAACUCGCUGCUCGAGGAGAUUCUAGACUUUGAAUCCACCACACGACCCACGGCACCGCUCACAGAGGAGGAUAAUCGCUCCAUCGAGGAUAUCAUAAUGCAGCGCAUACGCGACAAGGCCUGGGACGAUGUGGUGCGCACCGUGCGCGUGGAUAACACGCCGCAGGAGUACCGCAAGCAGCUGGUGCUCGACCAGGAGAAGUCCAAGCAAUCCUUGGCCCAAAUCUACGAGAAGCAGUACCAGCAGGAGCUGGAGAAACUCGACCCGAACAAGGAUGCCGACGACAAUGCCGGACCGGAGCCCAAGGAGCAUCAGGAGAUCAAGCGAAUGAUGCGCUCGCUCUUCCUCAAGCUCGAUGCCCUCUCCAAUUUCCAUUUCACACCAAAACCAGUGGCGCCUGAGGUCAAGAUUGUCACCAAUACGCCGGCGGUGCACAUGGAGGAGGUGGCGCCCCUGGCCGUCAGCGAUGCCAAGCUGCUGGCCCCCGAGGAGGUGUUCCGUGGACCCAAGCACGCCCCGCUGGGCAAGACGGAGCGCACACGCACCGACAAGAAUCGCGAGCGGCGCAAGAAGAAGCAAAAGCAGCGGGCCAUCAAUGCAGUGCUCGAGACGCGCGACCUGCAGCGCGCCAAGGAGGGCAAGGCGCCAACGAAACGCGAGGCGGAUGCCAAACUCCUGAAGACCAUCACCAAGAGUCGCAAUGUGCAAAAGAUCACCGCCAGCACGAACGAUCAGGGCGCUCUGAAAUCCUCAAAGGCAUUCUUCAACAAGCUGCAGGACACGACUGCCACGGCGGCAAGCGGCGCUGGGAGCAAACGUCCCAAGAAGGAUCCGGCCAAAGCGAAUGCCAAAAAACUCAAGCUCUAAUUCUGUACAUUUUAAGACUACUUUUUCUUUGCCAACUGCUAAUGGCAUUUGCCUGUGACGUCCAGACCUCCAGUCACGUGCCAGCAAAUGGCCAAUUCACACACAACGCACGCCCACACGCACCCCCACAGGGGAUGCGCCUUGUUAAAAGGAUAACUUUGGCAUGGCAUCUCUGAGCGAAGAGCCAUAAUUUGGGGCACCAUGGGAGCUGCCAUGCGACAGCAUUUUGUCCGGUCCCCUCUGUGUGUGCUGUGUGGGUGUUGCGUGUGACUGAUCCAAGGACAUUUGAUGGCGCGGCAGGACGAUUAGACACGCGUGUAAGGUCCACAAUUGGAUUAUUUUUAGAAUAAUUUACUUAAAAUAAACUGUGUGCUAUUUAAAUAGAAAGGAAACUCAAGAA